UAUCUUUAGUUCCGCUGCUUUAUCAGCAGGGAUCUGAGAUGAGUUCUGUGUCGCAGGAGAUCCGGGGCUUCUCCGCGGCUCGUCUGAGGAAGCAGAGCACCAGAGUGACGACUGUGACGGGCGAGAGACUCGUGGAGACGCGCCGUGGAGAUCGGUACCACGUGGAGCGCGAGGGGCACGCGGCGUGCGGGUUUGUGCAGGACUCGAGCCUCGACCUGCACGUGGGCGUCAUCAGACCCUUCCUCCUGCUCUCAUCACAGGAUGCUGCCCAUGAUAUAGACACACUGAAGAAAUUAAAGGUGACUCAUGUGCUGAAUGUGGCGUAUGGAGUUGAGAAUGUGUUUCCUGAUCUCUUCACGUAUAAGACUGUCACCGUGUUGGAUCUUCCAGAGACAGACAUCACUUCAUACUUCCCUGAGUGUUUCCAGUUCAUACAUGAAGCCAGUCAGCAGGCUGGAGUGGUGCUGGUCCACUGUAACACCGGUGUUUCUCGCUCUGCUUCUGUUGUCAUCGGGUUCCUCAUGUCCCAGGAGAACAUGUCCUUUGAUGAAGCCUACAGCGCUGUGAAAACCGCCAGGCCUUGCAUUCAGCCAAACCCAGGCUUUAUGAGUCAGCUGAAGAAAUAUAAACCAUGAUUCCACACAAAGACUGAUUUUUGUAAACCGAAAUGUCCUGUUCUUGGCCUUUCAGACGUGUUUGAUGACUGCAUACAUCAGAUUUCACACAGCCCGUGACGAGUUAAUGAGCUGAUGAGAGGAAGCAUGUGUGUUUAGAUUUGUUUAGACAUUAGAAAUGUGAAGUUUGGGGACUGGAAUGGUGUAAGUGCCAACGUCCUUUAUUUCAUAUUGAAAUAUAUUUUUAUGAAUAUU